UCGGAAACAGCACUGGAAGAAGUGGCAUCGAUCUGAGCACCCUCAUGUCCUGGGGGCAGCCUGGAAAAGCUCCUGUGCAGGCUGGAGCAGAUCCCUGCAAAGCUCCGGGCUUUUGGUUGUGGUGGUGGCUGUCCAGGGUUUAUUCUGCUUCGGUAAGCAUCCCUGGUCACAUGGAGGGCUGGGCAGGAGCUUGUCUGCUGGUUCCCAUCCAGUCUGAGGAGGUCACAGCAAAUGCCCUCACUUUGCCUUGAGGCUGGGUGAUGGGUGAGAGUCUAAAAGGUCUACAGGGUCUUGGUUUGGAGGGGCUUGGCCCUGGGGGCUAUGACGGUUUUGAUAUAGACCACAUGGGUUGUGCCAGCAGCAUGCAGCUCCAGCAUGGACAUCCCUGGGAAUCCGUCCUGAGAAAUGUUGAGGACAGAACUCCACAGUCACUGCAGAGUGCCUCCAAGCGGGAGAUGGGAAGGUGCUGCAUGGGGCCGCGCGGCCCUGGAGUGCCCAGCAGACACCGGCUCCUGGGGCUCCUCACAGCCUGUGGGGACAUGGGGGCAGAGUGCGCUGCCUGGGAGGAGCUGGUUCACCCCCACGCACUGCACAGCAAGAGCAGCCUCGGGAAAAAAACCCAUUUGCAAAUAAAAACGCGUCUGCUUUUCUGAUCAAGAGGUGUCUCCACCCCACGGGGGUUUGGCCAGGGCAAGGCAGCAGCGAGCCCUCACUCUGCUGCUGCCUGGGGCGCCUGCAAGCAUGGCCCAGAGCGUGGUCUACGCCGACCUGAAGUUCGCAGCAUCCCCGCCGCUGGCCGUGCCCUCCUGCCCCGCAGCCCCCGACGAGGACGACAGCCCCUACGAGAACGUGCUGCUGGGGACGGUGCCUGCAGAGCAGAGCCCAGGGCGAUGGCCCCGGCGCUGGCGUGUCCCCAUGGGGCCGCUGGCCACCAGCCUGCUGGUGCUGCUGGUGCUGCUGGUGGUGGGCACCGUGGCCCUGGGGACCUGCUACUGGCAGGUCACCCGCAGCCUGCGGGACGCCUCCCGGGAGCACGCGGCCGAGCAGGGCCGCCUGGAGCAGGAGCUGAGCGCCCGGGAGCAGCGCCUGGAGCAGACGCGGCUGCAGCUGGUGAGGGCCAGAGCGGAGCUGGGCCAUGCGUGGUGGGACGGCAACAGGAGCCGAGCGGAGCUGGAGCUGCGGGACACGGAGCUGGGGCGCGCCAGGCAGGAGCUGGCCGAGCUGCUCAGGGAUGUGCAGCGCCUGCAGGGAGAGCUCAACAGCAGCCAGAGCACCGUGGCCAGCCUGCGCGCCUGCCUGAACACAGAGUGCUGCCCCUCGGGCUGGGUGCUCUACAGGGGCAAGUGCCUCUUCAUCUCCGUGGAGAGCAAGACGUGGAGGGACAGCCGUCAAUACUGCCAAAGGACGUCCGCUCAGCUGCUAGUCCAAGACGACUGGCCAGCGUGGACAACGCCGGGGAAUGGCGCCGUGUACUGGGUCGGGGAGAGAUACAAAAGUCAUCUCCAUUCACGCGAGGACACGUAUGGAUGGCAAUAUAAAGAGUAA